AUGGCGGAAUCAGCUAACAUGGGAAUUCAUCUGGGAGCUCCGAUUGACCUCCAAGGGAAAAAGAGUAGCUACUUCCAAUUCUUGGUGGAUAAUGUUGCGGACAGAGUUAUGGCAUGGGCCCCUUUAAGGUUCUCUCAACCAGCAAAACUGAUCCUUAUUAACACGGUGCUGGUAAGUAUGUCGGCACAUGUUAUGAAAUGCCUGAAACUCCCUCAGAGUGUUACACGCAAGAUUGAUGCUCUGAUUACCCGUUUUUGGUGGGCGGGAAAGGGGGAUAAAGGGAUUCAUUGGGUGAGUAGAAGGGUCAUCCAACUGCCUAAGAGUAUGGGAGGUUUGGGAAUUGGAGGUAGUUCAUUUAUUAAUGAUGCUCUCCUCUUCAAGCAAGUAACAAGGAUGCACCUUAAUCCCCAACUUCUUCUCUCAAGAAUGCAUAAUAGCUUCCAUCCAUGUGGAAUCGGUAGUAUCACUGGUCAGCUUAUUAGAAGAAGGAAUUCUUCAAUGGGAAGAGUAAGUCUUCAAAAGGCCAUCCAAGCGUUUAAGAAAGGUUUUGCUUGGAAGGUGGGAAAUGGCAAUAAUAUCAAGGCCAUUAGUAUGUCGUGGGUCGAUGGUAACAUACCAACAGUUAAAUCAAGUCAAACCCUCAGAGCAGCGGUAAACUGGAAAGUAAAGGAUUUUAUUCACAGGGAAAAUAACACCUGGAAUGCAGGAAAAAUUAGGGAGUGUUUCGACUGGGAAAGUGCGAAAAAGAUUAUGUCAAUGGAGCUCCCGCGGUCUUCAGAGUUGGAUGACUUCCUUUACUGGAAAUAUCAUCCGUCGGGAAAGUAUAAAGUUAAAACUGGGUACUAUUAUCUAUCAAAGGAAGGGGAGGUAGAGAGGCUAGAAUUUUUAGAAAGGGAUCAAGAGUUUGUAAAGCUAGUGUGGAGACUGGUCAUCCAACCAAAAUGGAAGGUUUUUCUCUGGAAGCUUUUUCAUGACGGUAUAACAGUCAAACUUAACCUGGUAAGAAGGGGAAUACGAGUAGAAGCUGUCUGUGCCCAUUGUGGGGUAGAUUUGGAAGACAGCCAACACCUCUUCAGAUUUUUUAUUCUGGUAACUGAAGUUUGGGAGGACAGUCCCUUAACUAUUUGCCCUGAUUCUACAGGAUUCAACUCUUUGAAAAGAUGGAUCCAACACUAUAUCCUGCUUUUUAAUAGCGAGGAUGGUAAGAACAGCAACCGAUGUGCUUUGUUUAUUGCAACGUUAUGGGGGCUAUGGAAAACUAGGAACGCAAGAUGCUUCAAAGGUACACUGGGAUCGAGGAGUUUAGUAAAGGAAUUUAUAAAUCUGGACAUGGAAGAUCAUGAAGCAUUUAUACAUAAGACUAGGUCAACAAAUGAAUGGGGGGCCACUGAGAGGGAUGAUCCGAUCAUCCCUCCGGGGUUUAACUAUGUGCAUCUGGGAAAGGAAUACAACGGGUUUGACAAUUUCAUUGUGGAAGUCGAUGGAUCCUGGGAGAAAAGUACAAGGCGAGCGGGGAUAGGAUGGGCUGUUAAGACUAAUCACAACAGUUUUGGCUUUGAUAGAGGAGGAAAACAUGGAGCAACAACGUCAGUUCUACAAUGUGAAGCCUGGGCUUACCUGGAAGCUUUGAAUUGGGCUCGAGAGAAAGGGACUCAGGGAAUUCUUAUUCUAUCUGACUCCAUUGAUCUCCUAAACAACUUGCAGGGAAAAUCUGGUAAGGACAUCUCGAUAGUUUGGUUAGUAAAGGAGAUUAGGAAAGUAGGGGCGUCGUUUCAAAGAUGCACGAUCUUAAAAGUCCAGCGGGAUUAG